UCCGGCUUCGCCGUCGCCCCGCCCCCUGGCCUUUGCCCCGGUCGGGCGGGACUUCCUGUGUCGUAUUUCCAAGGACUCCAAAGUGAGGCCCCGGACUGAAGGCGUGGGUGUCGAGCCCUCUAGCAGAGGGUUAGCCUGGGUCAAAUGCACGGAUUCUCACCUCGUACAGUUACGCUCUCCCGCGGCACGUCCGGGAGGACUUCAAGUCCUGAGCGCUCAAGUUUGUCCGUCGGUCGAGAGAAGGCCAUGGAGGUGCCGCCACCGGCACCGCGGAGCUUUCUCUGUAGAGCAUUGUGUCCAUUUCCCCGAGUCUUUGCUGCCGAGGCUGCCGAUUCGGAAGCCCUUGAGGAGCGUCAGAAGCGGCUUCCCUACGUCCCAGAGCUCUGUUACCCGGAAUCUGGAUGGGACCGCCUCCGGGAGCUGUUUGGCAAAGAUGAACAGCAGAGAAUUUCAAAGGACCUUGCUGAUAUCUGUAAGACGGCAGCUAUAGCAGGCAUCAUUGGCUGGAUGUAUGGGGGAAUACCAGCUUUUAUUCAUGCUAAACAACAAUACAUUGAGCAGAGCCAGGCAGAAAUUUAUCAAAACCGGUUUGAUGCUGUGCAAUCUGCACAUCGUGCUGCCACACGAGGCUUCAUUCGUUAUGGCUGGCGCUGGGGUUGGAGAACUGCAGUGUUUGUGACUAUAUUCAACACAGUGAAUACUACUCUGAAUGUAUACCGAAAUAAAGAUGCCUUAAGCCAUUUUGUAAUUGCAGGAGCUGUCACGGGAAGUCUUUUUAGAAUAAACAUAGGCCUGCGUGGCCUGGUGGCUGGUGGUAUAAUUGGAGCCUUGCUGGGCACUCCUGUAGGAGGCCUGCUGAUGGCAUUUCAGAAGUACUCUGGUGAGACUGUUCAGGAGAGAAAACAGAAGGAUCAAAAGGCACUCCAUGAGCUAAAACUGGAAGAGUGGAAAGGCAGACUACAAGUUACUGAGCACCUCCCUGAGAAAAUUGAAAGUAGUUUACAGGAAAAUGAACCUGAGAAUGAUGCUAAGAAAAUUGAAGCACUGCUAAACCUUCCUAGAAACCCUUCAGUAAUAGAUAAACAAGACAAGGACUGAAAGUGCUCUGAACUUGAAAUUCAUUGGAGAGUUGAAGGGAGCUAUGCUGCCAUGUCCGUUGAAUGCCAACAGGCCACUCUUUGGUCAGCCUGCUGACAAAUGUAAGUGCUAUUACCUGUGGUGGCAGUGGCUUGCUCUUGUCUUUUUCUUUUCUUUUUAACUAAGAAUGGGGCUGUUAUACUCUCACUUUACUUACCCUUAAAUUUAAAUACAUAUUUAUGUUUGUAUUAAUCUAUCAAUAUAUACGUACAUGAAUAUAUCCACCCACCUAGAUUUUAAGCAGUAAAUAAAACAUUUCACAAAAGAUUAAA